AUGUUGUCGUUGAAGAAUCUUUUCAUAGAGAGGCCUGUGUCUGGGAUAUCCAGCUCUAUCAAGUCAAUAAUCCAGAUCCGUACUGCCACCAAAAGGGUUUCUGGUUCCAAAACAAAUAACAAGGAUUCUGCUGGUAGAAGAUUAGGACCUAAGGUCAAUGAAGGGCACCCAGUAAAGCCCGGUCAGAUCAUAAUGAGACAAAGGGGUACAAAGAUACACCCUGGAGAAAAUGUCAGAAUUGGAGUUGAUCACACGAUAUACGCUGUUGAACCUGGGUAUGUUCGAUUUUAUUUUGAUCCGUUCCAUCCAUUGAGGAAAUACGUAGGAGUGGCAUUAAAGAAGGAUAUUAGACUCCCCAAAGAACAUUUUGCUCCAAGAUUGAGAAGGUUUGGAUACGUACCUAUUGAAGAUCCGGUUGCUGCUAAAAACGAGGAGUUACAAAGGUCAAGAAAAGAGAUUCUUGCUUUGCCACAGUUGGAAAAGGCAGAAAGAAAACAGUAUCUGCUUCGCAAAAGGAAAAUUAAUGAGUACAAGGAGAAAUUGGCACAGCAAGGCUCGUCGGUGGGGUUGUCGGAGCAGGAGGUUGAAAAGGCUGCUGAACGAUUGUUUAAAAUUUCUCAAUUUGUUGAAUUGGGACAGGAAGUUUCGCUGGCUCAGCAACAAGUCACUUAUGAUGAGCUCUAUAGUAUUAGGCUUCAAUACAGAAGAGGCGAACUCGAAGCUGAUGACUUUAAUUUAGCCAAGAGUAUGUAUUUGGGUGUUGCUAAAAAGGUUGAUAACUUGUCGCUCAACCAAUGA